AUGGAUAGUAGACCAUAUAUUCUGAACGUAUUUAAUCUAAAUUAUCCAAUCCACUUGCUGAAAUUCACACGACAAGGCUUCUCAAGAGAAGGGAAACGACAACUCGACGACAGCACGAGCAAAUGGCAAUGGGCUCACAAACAGCGUUCUGAAGUGGAAGAGAGUGUGAAAGUGCUGAAACAGGCUGCUAAGACAAGAAAGGUUGCGGCAGAAGACAUUUUGUCUGCAUUUUCUGUUAUUGAAAAGGCAAAGAUUGAGCCCUCCGGGUUUCUUGAUACACUAGGUGGAUCAAAAUCCCCUGGCAGAACAUGGAUGCUUAUUUUCACUGCUGAGAAUAAAUUGAAGGGCGGUCGUUAUUUUCCUCUCACAGCUGUUCAGAGGUUCGAUGCAGCCGCAAAGAGAAUUGAGAAUGGAGUAUAUCUUGGACCAAUUGGAUCCUUAACGUUUGAAGGCAAAUUUACAUGGAAGCAGAGAAUACUGGCCUUCAUUUUCGAGUGUAUUCGUAUAAAAAUUGGACCUUUGAAUCCCUUGGAAAUUAGCCUUGGCCAAAAAGAGGACAGGGAGCCAAGCACCAAGGAUCCUUUCUUUAUCUGGUUUUAUGUUGAUGAGGAAAUAGCAGUUGCUCGAGGCAGAAGUGGGGGGACUGCAUUUUGGCUGCGCUGUCACCGUGUUGCUGCUUGAUCAUAAAUUUGAUUUUCAAGCCAAAUACCUGCACAAAAAUUUCCUUGUACAGUUGAUAAUUAUUACUCUGUUUACAUUUGCAGCUCAACACAUUAGGACAGCAACCAUUUGAAGUGUUAUAUGUCACCAGUUAAGGUUUCGUUGUCGUCCCCAUGAUUGUUAAUAUCGUAUACCAUGUUUGAUGGACAAUCACCCUGUAUCCUGAUACCAGCUCCCUAAUAGGAAUGUCUUAAAAAGGAUUAUUAUGAAUCUUUUUUUUGAUCAAGAUAGCAUAAGAUUCUCUUACCAUGAUUUUUAUGGUAGUUUUGUAUCUGGUUACACUUUCUCCAAUCUAGAGAAAGGAACAUGCAUCAUCUUAGCUUAAGUAUUUGAAGCUUUUGUGUGAAUCUUU